UGGAUCUAGAGAUAGACAGAGAGAGAGUGAGAGAGAGUGAGAGAGAGAGAGAAAGAGAGAGAGAGACAGACAGACACACAGGGAGAGAAACAGAGAGCCCUUUCCUCGACCAGUGGCUCUCUUUCAUUGGCUCGGUGCACUGGACCGGCAAACAGGAAACACUACAACACCAUGCCUGUUUCUGUCGCUACAUCAAGUCUCUACCACUACCGCUGCUACUACCUCGCAGCAUCUUCACUAGAACCAGCCAGCUCUCAGACAGAGGAUCAGAGAGAGAGAGCGGGAAGCCCCCUGAAGACAGGCUCAGCGGAGUAAAGAAACAGAGACUGUGGCUGAGGCUGGACCAGGGCUACGGAGCUACAGACUGAAGCCAAGCAGCUGCUGUGUUUCUGUUCCUGCUUCCUGCUGCUGGAGCUCCAUGCGAGAGGAGAAAAGUAGAGCGGCGGAAAGAGAGAACUGCUGUUGAGAGUCUGGAAGAGCUGGAAGACGGAAACAAAGCCCACAUAGCAACACAGCUCUGAAGUGGCUCCGAGAGACAUACUGACUGACUCUCAAGUGGCUCAAGAGAGACAGACUGACUGACUGCUGCUCCAGUGAUGCUCAAGUCCACGUUGUGAUGCUCCAAGACUCUUCUCUUCACUUCUUAUCAGCACACCUGACAGAAGGUCUGACCCUAGGGUUGUGACCAGAGCAGUGGCUCAUACUGACAACACACAGCAGGACUUAAAAGGACUUCCGAUAUAGGUCAUCUCGACCUGAACCUGUAGAAUUCUCUUGACGUCUGACUGUCAGCGCAUGGAACACUGAACAUGGAACACUGAACAGCCCCCGUUAAAAGGACUUUGGUACAGGUUCUGUAGCUCUACGGUCAGACUCUUGUAGAUGUAAGACUUCAUUGUUUUACUUCUCUUGAUUCUGACUGUUUGUCUGUGCGCUCAGUGGAAGACCCCCUCCAGCUCGUGCCUCAUGGCUUGCUACUAUAUCGUCAUCAGUUCUACUCACCUCAGCAACGGCCACUUCAGGAACAUCAAGGGAGUUUUCCGCGGCCCCCUCAGCAAAAAUGGCAACAAGAACUUGGACUAUGCGGAGAAGGAGAGGACGGCGACCAUGGCCAAAGCCUUGGAGGACCUGAAGGCCAACUUCUACUGUGAUCUGUGUGACAAACAGUACUACAAGCACCAGGAGUUUGACAACCACAUUAACUCUUAUGACCAUGCUCACAAACAGAGGCUGAAGGAGCUGAAGCAGAGAGAGUUUGCCCGGAACGUGGCCUCUAAGACCAGGAAGGAUGAGCGGAAACAGGAGAGAGCACUCCGGAGGAUACAUGAGCUUGCCGAACAACGCAGAGAGGUCCAUUGCGCUCCAGGCAGUGGCCCCAAGUUCAAGUCCACUACGGUGGCAGUGGAGGGCAGUUUCAGAGACAGCGGUACCGAUGGAUCUUCAGAGGAGACCAACAACUCUACAGUUCUGGAGACAGGAACCCACAACCACACCAGCACUGGCCAUGCCACCAACAACAAGACCCAGAAAACACUAUACUGGCCUUACACGGGAAAGGCCAAGAAACAGACUUACAACAGGCACAAAAUAGCAUUCUCAUUCUCCUUCCCAAAGAAAGCAUCCGUGAAGCUGAAAUCUUCGGCCGCCGUGUUCUGUGACAACACAGAGGAGGGUUCCAAAGAAUGUCUCAGAAGACAGAAGCUCAGAACGCCCCUUGUUGAGUUGAACAUUCUGGACUCUCCUACUGCAGAGGAAAAGGGACUGGGUCAUGGGACUGUGGAGGCUAUCACUCAGCCUGGUGAUCUCAGCCCAAACAGUGUUAGUUUUAGUGAGUGGAGCCAGAGGUCAUCAGAUGCACUAGCCAGGUCUGACAUCCCGAUGCCACCACAGGCCUCAGAUUUGUGUUCUGUGCUAGUUAACUCUGAGGAUAUGGCCAAACCUUAUGUGUCCUCCGUCUCCCAAUUACCUGCAUCCCCAGACGACCCAGACACAGUACUAGAUAGACAGAACUCUGAGGAAACUCAGAGAAACAGCCCAACAGAGGCCGAGCCGGAAACAAGCAAACACCAACAAGCUCAUAAAGUAGAGGAGAGUGUCUGUGGGGAAGAGGACUCCUCCAUUAGCAGUUUCUCUUCUGAGGUCGUCUCCGGUUCUGAUGGUCCCCCUGAGAACGGCUCCUCCUCCUCUCAGUCCUCUCAGUGUCCUGGGACUGUGAGAGAGGAACAGAAAGGAGAAGACAUUACGGUGGUGGUGAAGACCCUGUCUUGUCCUUUCACCAAGCCCAGCCAGCCCUUCUUCUCUGUGCUCAGCAGAGAUGGAAACACUGUUCUCCAGUGGCCUACAGAGAUGUUGACCUUCACCAAGACAGAGCCCUGUCUCUCCUACAGCUGCAACCCCCUCCAUUUUGACUUUAGGGCCUCGCAGCAAUGGCAGAGCAGGGCGAAGGUUAGUGUUGGUGACAGUCAUAGUAAGUUAUCUGUGGCUUUGUGUAUCAGCUCAACCUCUGUCUGCGCUGAGGAACCAACAGAUGUUGACAACAAGCACAACAACAAGGCCUGCUCUGGCCCAAACCAUCAUAGCCCUAUCAGAGAUGGCAGGGAGGCAGUGGAGAGGAAGGAUUGUCUCAUAUGUGAGCACCACACGAGUGACACAGACACAGAAAGCUGCAGCUUGCGACUUAAGAGACACAGCAGUGGGGGAUAUAGUAGGCACUCAAAAGGUAGGACUCAAUCUGAGAAGAGAGCAGCAGGUGGCGAGAAAUGGAAAUCCAGAGACAGGCGCCAUUACAGGAGCCACAAGAAGAAGGGGAGGAGGAGGAGGAGGGGGAUGAGAGGAGGGGAUGAGGAAGAAGAGGAGCACCACAGAGAGAGGGAGACGGAUGGAGAGUUGGAGAGCAAUGCAGAGAAAUGCAACACAUUUCAGAGACGGUCUGAGUGUUGGGAAGGACUUGAUAGCCAAUUUAGAGUCCCCACUUCACAGCAAGUGCAGCCAUUAGAGAAGUCAAAGCAAUCGGCUGAGGACAGUGGCUGCGCUGCUCCCUUUGCCGCCGAGGACAGGGAAAGGAAGCGUGUGGUGGAGAGGGAGAGGGAGCGGGUUGUGGAGAGGAAGAGGGAGGAGGAGGAGAGAAGAAGACAGGAAACAGCAGGCAGAGUAAACGGCUCAGCGGGCAGCCUCAGCCUCUCGGAUGAAAAGGUGUUGGGGAGGAGCGUCAGGAGAGACCCGUUCCAUCCAUCAACGGAACAGAGAAACACUGCAGGGCAUGGCUCAAAGAGCUCACAGAGUCACAACGACACCCCUUGCCCUGAGAAACCUCCUGGGGUUGUUAGACAAAACCCAAGCAGAGUGAUGACAGUCACGGCACCAGAGAGUUUAGUCACCGUUACCCAAAAACUAAGCAUGGCCCUUUCACCCAAGAGGCUUGCUGAAGACUUGUGUGAGAGCAGGGCCCUGAAAAGGAAACGGACAGCAUCAAUGUCUCUGGCUGAUAAGGAGCAGGGCCUUGACCUCCAGGGUCCAUGGACUCAGUGUCAGCCAGCUGUAAUGGUAGAGCCCAAUGGGCCAGUCCUAUGUACCCAGUGUCAGUCAACUGUGGAAGAGUCCAAUGGGCCAGAUGGUUCAAUGGGUGAGGAGGGGUCUGGUUGGUCUGGCUGUGUUUCCUGUGGUGGGGAGGGGAGACAGAGAAAGAGACAGAGAGGGUCCAGUUAUACUCCUCACAUCUCAGACCCUCCUGUAGGUCACAAUGUUCUCAUCUCAGACCUUCCUGUAGGUCACAAUGUUCUCAUCUCAGACCUUCCUGUAGGUCACAAUGUUCUCAUCUCAGACCCUCCUGUAGGUCACAAUGUUCUCAUCUCAGACCUUCCUGUAGGUCACAAAGUUCUCAUCUCAGACCUUCCUGUAGGUCACAAUGUUCACAUGGCAGAACCUCCUGUAGGUCACAAUGUUCACAUCUCAGACCUUCCAGUAGGUCACAAUGUUCACAUCUCAGACCUUCCUGUAGGUCACAAUGUUCACAUCUCAGACCUUCCUGUAGGUCACAAUGUUCACAUGGCAGAACCUCCUGUAGGUCACAAUGUUCACAUCUCAGACCUUCCUGUAGGUCACAAUGUUCACAUCUCAGACCUUCCUGUAGGUCACAAUGUUCACAUCUCAGACCUUCCUGUAGGUCACAAUGUUCACAUGGCAGAACCUCCUCUGGAUGUACUGUCUGUUGACAGAUGUAAGCUGAACGUCCAGAGUGAGAAUCUAGUGAAUACAGCUGUUGAAUACCUUGUGGUAAAAGGUCCACUGGCCAGCUGUAGUUCCCUGAGUCAGCCAGCUGUAGAGCACAACAGUAAGCCAAUGGGAAGCUCUCCUCGGUUUCAGUUUCAGAACAAUGUUCCCAGCAUGAAAGAAGAAUGUUCCUUCUCUCCCUCUCAACCUGGGCCUGUAAGAGAUCCCUCAAAUCCCGCAGAAAUAAUCGGUAUUACUAAUGAAAACAAAAACAGCGCUAAUUGCCUCCCAAACUCUUCCACUGUUUCUCUCCCGAUCAUGGUACAUCAUAUAGGAAUGGGUAACAUAGGACAAGAUUGUAUAACAAGGCAAACGGUGGCAGUGGCUGCCCAGGUCAGUCCACUGGGUGUGAGAGAGAUCAUCCCACCGUCCAUCCCUCAGAUGUUUCACAGACAGAAGACGAGUCUGGACAAGUCGUGUCAGCACAGUUCCCGGAGCCACCCCACCCAACAGGAGUGCCACAGCCCCCAGCCUACCCAGAUUCAGAGGUUUCAUCCUGGGGUUAGGGUUCAGGACGAGAGAGGUUUCAUGGAGAGCCUGAGACCUGGAGGUACUAACGUUACAGCUAGUCCCUACCACAAUCACAGACCAGCAUGUUUCCGUCCGCAGCACCAUGUUUCCGUCUGCGGUCUGUUUCAGAUCCAGACCCACAGGCACGUUCUCCACCACCAUCAGCAACAUCAGGCGUUCUCUGGAAAGAUGAAGCAAGUUCUGUCUGGGUCUCCUGUCGCGGUAUCCCCCUCCUGUCCUCCCAUGCUCCACCCCGUCCACCUGUCUCCAUCCCCCAUGUCCCCCAUGCCAACCAGGUCUAUCACUAUCCGACACACCAUCCUCCACCACCAACAUCACCACCGUGCAGCCUUCCUCCCUCCUCACCCCCAACCAACUCUCUUACCCCAUGUUCUUCCGGUCCCAGUCAGCAGCCUGCCCAUGGGGGCAGAAAUGUGUCCCUCUGGCCCCUACCCCUCUCCAUUUGUGACCUCACCACCGCAGCUCUCGGUAAUGGCCCCACCCAAUUUACACCACCACCCCCCAAUGUCGGUGACAUUCCACGCCAUGCCCCGUCCAGCCAUGUUCCCCUCCAUGCUGCAGCCACACCCACAUCCCACUGUCAUCCCUCUACAGCCCAUGUUUUGAUGACAUCACAUACCACUUUGAUCCGUCUACAGUCCAUGUUUUGAUGACAUCACAUUCCACUGUCAUCCCUCUACAGCCCAUGUUUUGAUUUCAUCACAUCCCACUGUCAUCCGUCUACAGCCCAUGUUUUGAUGACAUCACAUCCCACUGUCAUCCCUCUACAGCCCAUGUUUUGAUUUCAUCACAUCCCACUGUCAUCCGUCUACAGCCCAUGUUUUGAUGACAUCACAUCCCACUGUCAUCCCUCUACAGCCCAUGUUUUGAUUUCAUCACAUCCCACUGUCAUCCCUCUACAGCCCAUGUUUUGAUGACAUCACAUCCCACUGUCAUCCCUCUACAGCCCAUGUUUUGAUGACAUCACAUACCACUUUGAUCCCUCUACAGCCCAUGUUUUGAUUUCAUCACAUCCCACUGUCAUCCGUCUACAGCCCAUGUUUUGAUUUCAUCACAUCCCACUGUCAUCCGUCUACAGCCCAUGUUUUGAUUUCAUCACAUCCCACUGUCAUCCCUCUACAGCCCAUGUUUUGAUGACAUCACAUCCCACUUUCAUCUCAUUGCUGCACAUGUUUUGACGACGUCAUCACCUAACAUGCCACUGCAGGAAGUAUAGCUUUCAAUCGUCUUUUUUGGUUUGUUGUUGUUUUACUUGCAACUCUUAUUUCAAACGGGGCGAAAGCAACAACAACAACAAAAUAAGUUGCUGUCAAUUUCAUCUAGUACAUAGAGCAGUGUUUUCUUCACGUAACAUCCCAAACCUGCUUUAGCAAUGGAAAGGCUUCUGUAGUAGCCUAUUCAGAGUGAUAAGUGAUUUUCAUUCAUACAAUAUUAUCCAGAAAUAUUUCCUUUAGAGUGACAAUCAAGCAUAACUACGGAAUUAGGACGUGUGCAUAUUAAACCACAGUCUGAAGCAGAUUAAUUAUUAGAGUGUUCUCUCGACUGUAUUUUUGCUAGUGAAGUGCUUCAAUAGUCUACCUUUAGGGCAUUACAUGCAAUACUAGUUCAAUUAAACAUGAACAGAAGCACAGUAAGUUUUUUUAGUGCAACGGUACGUGUGGAAGAGUUUCACUCUACAGUCAUUUUUGUUUCCUAAAGGAUGACAAUUCAUUCACGUAACACUCUAUUGUACAGCAUUCCUCCGUAGUUUCGGACAAAGCCCCCCCCAACAAAAACUUUAUUUGGCAAGUAGAUUAUGCAUUGAAAGACUGAGUUUGAGCUGUGGCUGUCCUAAUAUGGACAAGGUAGGGUUACAUGUGUUAUGAGUUAGAUUUUAUACAUUAGAUAAAAAGUGACAGUGUCUUUAUAAUCACAUAGCCCCUGAUCGAUUAUGUACCUAAAUAUGCUUACCAAGUGGUUGCAAUGCUCCCCAUAGGCCUUCUCCAUGUAAUUGUAAUACGGUAGAUAUAAACUGAUGCUGGGGUGAAAAAACUGUUCUACAGUUCUGCAACUAAUUCUACUUGCUUUAAAAAUAAAAAUGUUGUACAUGUUGUAAAUUUGCCAUAUUUAUAAUCCACUUGCAGGAUUUAUUGUAAGAUACAAUUCUGAUUUUAUAGUGCAAGUUACCCUUAUGCAUUAUCAUCAUUAUUUAGAUAUAACUAUGUUUUUACUUACGUUUUGUCAACAGAAUGAUGUUGAGGUAAA